AAACUAGUAAACUAUUUACCAAUGGCGCCGGAUCAGUGGCUGAGUCUUAUUCAAAAUGCACAGAAAACGGCAAUUAUCCAAAAUGACAAAAGAAAAGUUCAUUUUUUAAUGGAAGAUGGCAGAGAAAUGGUAGAAGAAUACCAUUUGGAGACUAAUGUUUUAGUACGAAGAGCAUGGAAAGAAAAAGGUAAACUUGGUCAAGAUGUAGGUUGGAACAUAGAAAUUGGAGACCCAGAACCCAGACAAAAUAAUAUUGAAGUCUGUGGAAUUCAGGAAAGUUCAAGUGCUCCAUUUAUUACAAGACGAAUUACAAAGACUUCACUUGAGUGGCGUAUAAGAAAUUUAUCAUAUCCACGGAAUGUUUAUUCUGUAACUGCAGAAGAUGAUGGAACAAUAACCAUUCGUACCAGCAAUAGAAAAUAUUUUAAGAAAAUAAUAGUUCCUGAUCUAGAACGUGCUGGAUUGAAACCAGAACAAGAUAGAAUAUCUUUUACACAUCAAUACAGUACAUUGAUUAUCACGUAUAGUAAACCUCCUGCACUUCUGGAUUUAGAGAAAAAGGUAUUGAAUGAGAUAUUACAACUAAAGGUGAAAAAAGAUGGAGAUGCACAGUGUCCAAUAAGCUAA